AUGACACUGAGCAACUUUCAGCUUGGCGCUUCUUUGGUCUCCGCAGGACUCGCAGUCUGGCAGGCCAUAAUCGCCAUCAUUCUCGGGAAGUUCAUCAUCGCAGCAGUCGCGGUCACGAACGGCUACCUUGGUGCUGAAUGGCAUAUUGGGUUCCCAGUAGUUAGCAGAUAUGUGUGGGGCAUAUACGGACACUACGUAGCUCUCGUCCAGCGUGUGAUCCUGUCUCUAGUAUGGUUCGCAGUCCAAUCCUGGACCGGCGGCCUCGGCGUCCAAAACAUCCUCGCAGCCAUCUUCCCCUCCUACCAAAACAUGGGCAACGUCUUCCCAGCCUCAGCCAACAUGAACGCCAAGCAGUUCAUCGGAUGGGUACUCUUCAACGUCCUCAUCAUUCCACUGCUAUACAUCCGACCAGAGAAGCUACAAUGGGUCGUCCUGGGAAUGAACAUCGUGACAGCCAUCACGCUCCUCUCCAUCGUCAUCUGGGUUCUAUCUGCAGCAGGCGGCGGCGGUCCACUCCUGACACAGCCGGCGGAAACGACGACCAGCUCAGAGCUCGGAUGGGCCAUUGUGCAUGGGGUUACUACCGUGAUAGGUGGAAUUGCUGUUGGACUGACGAAUCAGAUGGACUAUUCUCGCUUCGCGAGGCGACCGGGUGAUCAGGUGUUUGGACAGUGGUUCUCCAUCAUCGUCUUUGGCGCUAUCAUGCCGUCGCUUGGAUGCUUCAGUGCGUCAGCGUCACAGGAAGUCUACGGGGAAGCAAUCUGGAAUCCACCGGACCUUGUGCAGAAAUGGCUUGAUACGGACUACAAUCCCAAGUCGAGAAGUGCCGCGUUCUUUGCUGGAUGCGGUCUACUGAUCUGUCAACUCGCCAUCAACACUGUCGAUAAUGCAUUCUCGGCGGGUAUGGACAUGGCUGGUUUAGCACCGAGCUUCAUCAACAUCCGCCGUGGAGCGUACAUCGGUCUCGUUCUGAGUAUCGCGAUGUGUCCGUGGCAGCUGCUAUCUGCUGCCAGCACUUUUGUCAGUGUACUGAGCGCCUACAGCGUCUUCCUAGGCCCCAUGGUCGGCAUAAUGGUCUGCGACUACUGGACCCUCCGCCACCGCAUCAUCAAACUCUCCGACCUCUACCACCCCGGCCAGGACGGCCUAUACUACUUCUGGCACGGCAUCAACUGGCGCGCCUUCAUCGCCUGGGCCGUGGGCUGGUCAUACCUCCUACCUGGCUUCGCUCACGCCGUAACGCCGAGAGUUAUUGUCCCGGAGGCUUGCACGAAUCUCUACUAUCUGGCAUUUCCUCUUGGCUUUACGGUGAGCUUUACGGUGUAUUGGUGUCUGAACAAGGUCUGGACUCUGGAUGGAUUUGGGGUCAAGGAUGAGAUUGAUUAUUAUGGAACGUUUACGGAGGAGGAAGCGGCGAAGCUUGGGGUUGCAAUGAUGGAGACUAUUGAGGGUGAGGUGCGGGAUGGGGUUUCUGUUGAGGAGGAGAUGGGGAAGGAUGAAAAGUUUGUGGCUGGAUCGAUGAAUGUCACGGCUGUUUAG